AACGACCCUACUCAAGCAUGCUCUGUGGACCAUAAGUCUGAUUCUACUUUUUGUACUUAUUCUUGUAUUUUCACAAUUUUUUACUAAAACAAUCAUGCUGCCGGUCGAAUGUAUUGUACUGAAGUAAUUUUAAUUAUUUAAGAAGAAUAUCCCAGGUUCACAGGUAUGAUGAAGAAAAUCUGGGCAAAGCUCUUUUUUUAUAUCAUAUCAUUGAUUUAUAAAAUCAAUUUAUCUUACGCUAGUGAAAAUUUAGUUAAAGAAAACACAGACAACAACCCUCAUGAAUUUCAUAUAGGUGGUGUGUUGAGUAGUUUUGAAAGCGAAGAGUAUUUUCACCGAACGAUUGAACAUCUCAAUUUUAAUACGCCAUUUGUGAAUCCUGGAAAUACGUUUUUUGCUCACUCAAUAAGAAUGGAUCCUAAUCCUAUAAAAACAGCUUUAAAUGUUUGCAAACAAUUAAUUGUACGCAGAGUAUAUGCUGUUAUUGUAUCUUUACCUCAAAUAGGUGAUUUAUCGCCAGCUGCAGUAUCUUACACUAGUGGUUUCUAUCAUAUACCUGUCAUUGGGAUAUCAUCUAGAGAUUCUGCUUUCUCUGAUAAAAAUAUUCAUGUAUCAUUUCUUCGUACUGUUCCUCCAUAUUCACAUCAAGCAGAAGUCUGGGUUGAAUUGCUUAAGUAUUUUAAUUACUUAAAAGUAAUAUUCAUUCACAGUUCAGAUACUGAUGGUCGUGCAUUUGUUGGUAGAUUUCAAACUACUUCUCAAAAUCAAGGAGAAGACAUUGAAAAAAAAAUUCAGGUUGAAGCUGUAAUAGAAUUUGAGCCUGGUCUCUUUCACUUCAACAAUCAACUUAAUGAAAUGAAAAGUGCUCAAGCCAGAGUAUAUUUGAUGUAUGCAAAUAAAAUGGAUGCUGAAGUAAUUUUUAGAGAUGCUGCUGUUCGUAAUAUGACAGAAGCUGGCCAUGUUUGGAUAGUUACAGAACAAGCAUUAGAUGCAGUAAAUGUUCCUGAAGGCACUAUAGGUUUAAAAUUAGUUAAUGCAUCUAAUGAACUAGCUCAUAUAUACGAUAGUAUCUAUAUUUUGGCUUCAGCGAUAACAGAUAUGAACCGUACUAAAACCAUUACUCAGCCACCUGCUGAUUGUGAUAAUUCAGGAACAAUAUGGGAUACGGGCAAAACACUUUUCGAUUAUAUAAAAAAACAAGUAUAUAAAGAGGGACAUACAGGAAAAGUAACUUUUGAUCACAAUGGAGAUAGAAUUUAUGCGGAAUAUGAUAUAGUUAAUGUGAAAGAAGUGGCAUAUAAGGAUGCCAUUGGAAAAUACUACUUUAAUAGUGAAUUAAAUAAAAUGAAACUUCGUUUAAAUGAGUCAAAUAUCAUGUGGCCUGGACGUUUAAGGAAAAAACCAGAAGGUUUUAUGAUACCAACUCAUUUAAAAGUUCUAACAAUUGAAGAAAAACCAUUUGUUUAUGUUAGACAUCUACAAAAGGAAGAUGACCAAAAUUGUGAAAAGGAUGAAAUUAAAUGUCCAUUGUAUAACACAUCAACUAAAGAGCCUAAGAUUUACUGUUGCAAAGGAUAUUGCAUAGAUUUACUUGUGGAGUUGUCAAACACAAUUAAUUUCACAUACAGUUUAUCACUAUCCCCAGAUGGACAAUUUGGAAAUUAUGAAAUAAGAAAUAAUUCAGGAAGUGGAAAAAAAGAAUGGAAUGGAUUAAUCGGAGAACUAGUAUAUGAACGAGCAGACAUGAUAUUAGCUCCAUUAACUAUUAAUCCAGAAAGAGCAGAAUUUAUAGAAUUUAGUAAACCAUUUAAAUAUCAAGGAAUUACAAUUUUAGAAAAAAAACCAUCAAGAUCUUCUACCCUAGUAUCAUUUUUACAACCAUUCAGUCAUACAUUAUGGGUACUGGUUAUGGGCUCUGUUCAUGUUGUGGCUCUUGUUUUAUAUCUGCUUGAUCGUUUUUCUCCAUUUGCACGUUUUAAAUUAAUCAAUGCAGAUGGAACAGAAGAAGAUGCCCUCAAUUUAUCCAGUGCAACAUGGUUUGCAUGGGGUGUGUUACUAAAUAGUGGAAUUGGAGAAGGAACACCAAGAAGUUUUUCAGCUAGAGUAUUAGGUAUGGUGUGGGCUGGUUUUGCCAUGAUAAUUGUUGCAUCAUAUACUGCCAACUUAGCUGCUUUUCUCGUUUUGGAAAGACCAAAAACAAAAUUAUCUGGAAUUAAUGAUGCCAGGCUACGUAGUACAAUGGAAAAUUUGACAUGUGCUACAGUUAAAGGCUCUGCUGUUGACAUGUAUUUUAAAAGGCAAGUGGAACUCUCAAAUAUGUACAGAACUAUGGAAGCCAAUAACUAUGAAACUGCAGAAGAAGCUAUAAGGGAUGUAAAAAAUGACAAACUUAUGGCAUUUAUUUGGGAUAGUAGUCGUUUAGAAUUUGAAGCAGCCCAAGAUUGUCAAUUAGUAACUGCUGGUGAAUUAUUUGGGCGUUCUGGUUAUGGAAUUGGCUUACAAAAAGGAUCACCUUGGUCAGAAUCAGUUACUUUAUCAAUUUUAGAUUUUCAUGAAAGUGGAUUUAUGGAGAGUUUAGAUGAUAAAUGGAUAUUUCAAGGGCGAGUGGAACAGUGUGAAGAUCAAGAAAAAACUCCUAACACAUUAGGAUUAAAGAAUAUGGCUGGUGUUUUUAUUCUUGUUGCUGUUGGUAUUGUAGUAGGAAUGUUUUUGAUUGUUAUUGAAAUUGGGUAUAAAAAACAUCAUGUUCGAAAACAAAAACGGCUGCAAUUGGCACGGAAUUAUGGACAAACAUGGAGAGCUAUAGUUCAAAAACGUAAGGUUAUGAGAAUGCAAAGUAGAGGCAGUGGUGUGGGUGCACUUAGUUUAUCAGUUGAAGCUUUACCUAGAAGUGUGCUAAAUAUACAAAGUCCAAUUAGGUCAAUUGAAACAUUACCAAGAACAUGUCGCAAUUCACCAAGUCCAACAAGAGCAUGGUCUGGCAGACAAAUGGUACAUAGAAAGAGUGAUGACUUACCAUUAAGAUCACCAAUAAGUGGACCACAUCAAUUACAUUAUCAUAAUAAUUUUAUAUAAUCUCUGAAUUUUACUAUACUAUAGGUGUGUCAUGGGAUUACUAAUUAAUAAAGUGAGAGCAAUGUAAUAUAAACCAUA